AUGCAUGCUGAUCCUGUCCUUCCGUACAAUUUUCCCGAAUGGAAAAUAGUAAUGGAUAGUUGGGGAAACCUCAUGCUUGCCACUGUGAUAACUGUUGCAGAGAUGUGUGCGCGUGGUCUUGGUCUGCCCACCGAUACUUUUACAUCGCUUAUGAAGUAUGGGCCACAUCUACUUGCUCCCACUGGCUCGGAUCUUGCACGUUUCGGCAAACUAGGAACCGUGCUGGCUAGCUUUCAUUCCGACAUAAAUUUCCUCACCAUUCAUGGGCGUGCACGUUUUCCAGGCCUGUUCGUAUGGACGCGCGAGGGCAAACGAUCGGCUGUCAAAGUUCCACAGGGGUGUCUAUUAUUACAAGCCGGCAAACAAUUUGAACGACUCACGGGUGGUCAAGUACUGGCUGGUUUUCAUGAAGUUAUCGUUAGUGAACAAACCAAGGAGGCGAUUGACGAGGCGUCCAAAGUUGGUCGAUCUCUGUGGCGCGUGUCAUCUACCAUGUUCGCCCAUAUUGCCAGUGAUCACAUAUUGCACCCGUUGAAAUCUUUCGUGACUCCUGAAACAAUGAAGAAAUAUCCUCCAAUCAAGGCAGGCGCGCAGGUCCUAGCUGAACUGGCAGCUAUAAAUAUUCGUAAAACAUUAGAUACCAAUGGUGAAUCUGAAUUUGCGCCUAUAUGA